AUGCGGUCUGGAUGGUCACAUGUAAACAAACCCGUGACGUCAUCAUCACGCGUCUCAUGUUAUCAGACCGGAUGUUUUAUUUUUUGUUCCUCUAGUGAUUGUAACCUUAUUUGCUAAUAUAUAUAUAUAGAUUGUAGACGUUAUCUACAACCAGUAUUGUGGUUUAACGUCUCACAAUGUCUUUAAGUUACAAUGUAAAGCAUUAGCAAGCCGUUCAUUCAACUAAAGAGUCAGCCGAAUGAAAUCGCUCCAGUUAAACAGCUGAAAACAACAUUAAGUGCUUGUGUUGACCAUGGGUGCUGAACAGAGCGGAGAUGCUGAACAUAAACAUUCAGACUUCAGCGCUUCAGUUGUACCCUCUCCAGCCAAACAUAGAGCCAAAAUGGAUGACAUAGUAGUUGUUGCCCAAGGAACUCAGUCAUUAAGAAAUAUUCAUAAUGAUCCAGAUGUAAUAAAACUACAGGAAAUUCCCACCUUUCAGCCUCUUCUGAAAGGUGUGCUCAGUGGACAAACCUCUCCGAGCACUAUCUGUUUAGAAAAGCUGGAUUCGGCACAGGUGCUGCAGCUGUGUGUCCGAUAUCAGGAUCAUCUACACCAGUGUGCGGAAGCUGUUGCCUUUGACCAGAACGCUCUGGUCAAGAGGAUCAAAGAGAUGGAUUUGUCAGUGGAGGCAUUAUUCAGCAUCAUGCAGGAGAGGCAAAAGCGUUACGCCAAGUACGCCGAGCAGAUCCAGAAGGUCAAUGAGAUGUCGAUGAUUCUGAGACGCAUUCAGAUGGGCAUCGACCAGACGAUACCACUGAUGGAGCGUCUCAACAAUCUGCUGCCUGAAAGCGAGCGCCUGGAGCCUUUCAGCAUGAAACCUGAUGGAGAAAUCAAAUAGAGUCUGACAACAGUUGUUAAAUAGCUCAUAGUACUAAUUGACUUUUGCUUUAUAGAGACAUACCUCAGGUCAUGUCUGGU